CAGACGCAAGCGCAGAUGGGAGGAGGUAACCACGCAGCGUCUGCGGGAGCUCAGAUGGACUCGGGGCCAGCAGUGCAAGUCCGAGUACUUCAGGAGGGUUCUUCUCAGCACAGGCUCAGAGCAUGGGGCACCAGGGCAUGAGUCAAACGCAGGUCCAGGGCAGUAAGCACGGGGUCCAGGGAUCUGCUAUGACCCACAGCAGGGGUCGACAUUCCCAGGCUCAGGUUCAGAUGGGCGCCCACUCUCUUUCUGCCGCCCAGGUGGUGUCCCACAACAAUUCUCUCUCCUCAGUAGUGCAGGCAACGCAGCUAGGGGGCAGCGCCGGGUCAGAAGCACAUGGCCACGGCCUGUCCACGAGCCAUGCGCACAUGGACUUCCACCCUUCCCAACAGUACCACGGAGGCAACAAUGGGCUUCACGGCCAGGGAGCUGCUUCUGCUUCUGUCUCAUCACAGGGCAGCUCUUCCUUAGCUUCUCUCACUGGGGACAUUCCAACGGGUUCUUACCUUGGCACCGCUCAGUCCACCAUGUCCAACCCUCACUUGCACCACGAACUGACGCAAGAUAGCUAUGCUGUGCAUGCUGACGGUGUUCACGGAAAUACAGUCUAUGAUGUUCAUGAAACACACGCAGAUCCGGCGGGUACAAGGGGAGACAAUGCAGUCCAUACAGAAUUUGGACAGGUCGAGGCAAUCAGAGCAGACUUUGGACAGGGCAAUGCGGAAGGGGCAGACUAUGGAGGGGACAUCGGCCUCGGAGAAACAGCCCACACGCAGUCCAUUCACGGAAGCGAUCAAGUUCUUUUCACACAGGGUGGACAGGAUCAGAGAGGCUCGGUUCACGGGCAGUAUUUGCAGGCAGAAGACGUGAGCAGACAACCUGAAGGAGCGAGGGUGACCUAUGGACAGGAGGGAAGUGAUUUUUCCAGACAGUCUGAGCAAGAAAGUAAUAUUCACAAUCAGUUUGAGCAAACGAGUGAUAUUCACGGACAGUUUGGACAAGGAAGCGAUUUCCAUAGACAGUUUGAGCAAGGACAUUAUAUUCACAUACAGCCGGGACAAGAAAAUUCUGUGGGCGGUGAAGGAAGUUCACAGUAUGAUCUGUACGAAGAGAGGAAAACUGGACAAUUUGGGGCGGAGGGCGCGACCCUCGACCAACCGGAGCAGCGCAGCCAAAUACACACAGAAUUCGAACAUGAGAAUCUGGUGCAUGCGGGUCUGCCUGUAGAAGGUCCAUUGCAAGGAGGGCAAGAGGAUGCAUUGCUAGGAGGAUUGAAUGAAAAUUCUAAAAUCAGAAUUCACGGUCAAACUGCUGGCCAUGGAGAGUUGCCACUUUUAAGCGCUGGCCAUGGAGAGUUGCCACUUUUAAGCGCUGGCCAUGGAGAGUUGCCACUUUUAAGCGCUGGCCAUGGAGAGUUGCCACAUUUAAGCGAGAACUUGCAAGAAUUACACCCAAUCGACGGUUCAUAUCAUCCAUCUGCCAUAGGAAGCACAUCCAGCAUGGGACAGGAUAUGCUGGGCAGCAUCAUGGAAACGGUCCACCAACCAGACAUGCAGCCCGCAGUUGCUAGUUACCCUGCCUCGGAAUGGUCUUUCUCCGGCCAGGACUACCAGUACAUCGACCAAGACGGACUCCACGGCGGGGCUGGGAUUCCCCCGAGGGAGAGCGAGAUCGAGCAGUCGUCCGUCCCCAGCGACUUCGAGGAGGGCGACGGGCGGUCCUCCUACGACGGGAGGACCGACUUGGCGACUUUGACGCACGGAAGUCUGGACGCUCUCCCCGGGCCGGAGGACUUCCACGAUAUCCCCAAGAUCGACUAUGACUACAGUGCCUUUGGGGAUUACAACUAUGAGGACGGCGAUUACGGACAUAUCAUAGGCGACGGCUUUCACCAACCAGGCUUAGACUACUAUCCAGAAUAUAUCCCUCCCGAAAUUCUGCAGUCCCCUCAUUUGUACCCUCCUCCUGCAGAAGUGGCUCCCCUACCUCGGCCCGCCGUGUCGCCCCAGAGGCCACAGCAGCCAUUCGUCCCGGGGCAGACAGAGCCAGAGUUCACCACGCCGGUGCCUCGUAUAGUGGUUCACCAGGUGCAGAUGUCUCUGCCACAGCCCGGCGACGACGACCUCUCUCACACUCCCACGCAGCCCCCUGUCUCUGCGCAGCCCACAACUAUAUCUUCCACAUCACCGCAGGUUCCAACACAGACUGCAGUCCCACAUGGUGCCUUUGCACAGCCUGUAGCACCACAAGGCGGCUUAACACAGCACACUACCGCAGUGCAACCUGCAGUACCCCAGGUGCCACACGUGAGUAUGCCCGCUCCUCAGCACGUGGACGCCACUGGGCCUCACAUGCCUGCGCCACAACCACGCCCUCAUGAAGGUUAUGUAUCAGCGUCCCAGCCAGAGUCUCAUCCCCCCACAAUCCCGCCGGUCCCCCUCGAGGAGGCCGGAGGCGCGGUGGACGACCGACAGAUGGUGAUGCAGACGAUUCCUUUACCAGGAGGUCCGGGAACAACUCUUACCCUGCCGAACGUCCCUGGCUCACCCACCAUCAACGUCAUGGCCAUGCCGGCGUCUGGCAGGAGGCCCGACGGGUCCAUACAGCCCGGCGAGAAGAUCCCGGGGACCCGAGGAUACAAAGUCCCAUCCGGAUUCCGAGGCCGCGUGGUCCUGGGCAACAGUCUGGCGGCCGUCGGCUUUAACGGCCAAAGAGGAUCUCAUUCGACUUUCUACUCCUCUGGCGGCGGCCCCGGCGCUUCGCAGUACCUCACCCAGGGUUCGCACUCCUCGUCCGCCAUGUCCUCCGCCAUGACCUCCAGCAGACACACCAUGCCAGGGAUGCAACGCGUAUAUUCGUACCGCCAGACAGUCACGUCGCAGAACAUGCCGAUGUCCCAGUCCGAGGGCACAGGCAGCGCGUCCUCUGGGAAGUCUUGGGGCUCCAUGAUGUCCUCGGGGAAGUCAUGGAACGGCAAGUCCUGGGACAGUAACGGUGACAUGGAAUGCGGCUACUUCAGUAUGAACUGCAACGUGGUUUUCGGUCCUUUCAAACAGACCAAAGUGUGUAAACCAAUUCACAUCGCCAAGAUCUGCUGCUGUUAAGCCUUCCUUUGUUCCACAACGCUUCUCAAAAACAACCUUGCAUUGAUAAUAACGUUGAUGUUAUACACGAUGUGAGGAACUAGACAAAAGUAUAAUGAAUUCUUUGAUUGUGGGAUUCGUACAUUAUAUCAACAGGUGCAGAGGAAGCCCAAGUAUUCACAUACAACACCAAAUGGAGGAGUUCCGUUUACUUGUUUGAAGGCGUAGUUAUGAAUAUUUCCAAGUGCUUCCGAAACCAUUAAACAAUUCUCUGUAUGUUAAAAGUUUUAUAUACGAUAUAUAUUCCAUUUGACUGUGAUGAAGUGUAAUAAUAUAUUUCAGGUUAGAAGUCUGUCACAAUCGUUAUCAAGAUGUUGUAAUUUGUAUUUCUUAUAGAUAUAAUAUAACAGAGUGUAUUGCAAGAAAAGUCUCUGGCCGUUGAAACUGCGCGUGUAGACAAAGUAAUACACAAUGUACCAUGUUUUACAUUUAAGAAUUUCUCUAGGUAGUAAGAUUUUUCUAGGUUCAGAUUUCCAUUAUAUUUAUGACUUGACUUUAUAGUUGCUGCAGAAUAAAUAGAUUUGUAUAAUGGCUAUGAAGAAGAAUUGCCAUUAAAAGAUUUACAUAUU